AUGGCAUUCAUGAUGGUGAUAUCGAGCGCACCCAGAGAUCAACUUCUCCAUCAUCGUCGACCUUCGCCCCUCAAACGGAAACUUUGCCCCCCGGAAGUGGCUAUGAGGGAGCUGACACCGCUGGCCGCAGAUGUCGGCUCUGAAAUGGCAGCAAAGGCGACACUGGAUAGAGUUCUGAGUUUGGUGGAGCGUAGCUCUGCACAUGAGCCGGCAUUUUCUAAUAUCCUCUUGACCGAGCUCAUGAAAUCGAAAACGGUUCCACAGGUAGCCACAUUCCGGAGCGCCGAUCAAGCCACAGCAGAAAAACGCCUUCAAUCUGAUAUGGUGAGUGACUUGGAGACUUCUCCAAUUUCACUUCCUGCCAAAGAAAGUGCUCAAAACCUCGUCAAGGCUUACUUCCAAUUCGCAAACCUUAGUCUGCCAUCGCUCCAUGAACCAACAUUCCAACAGAAGCUGGAGCUUCUUUAUAACAUGCCACGAAUGGUCGAUUUGGCCGAAGUUCACACCAAGACCGAAUCCAGACUCGCUGUUUUCUUUGUCCUCGAGGUUUUCGCAGUAGCUCUCUUGACAUUGCAAAAGCAAGACCCGUCGAGGGUGCCAACUUCGUUGGCGGACCGAUAUCAUAAAACCGCGCUCAGAGCCCUGAGCGAAGUGGGUUUGCCGAACGGUGUGGAGGGAGUGCAAGCACUCCUUCUCGUGGGGCAGUAUUCGUACCAUCACCCAACCGUCUGGGCUGUCUGGAAAACGGUGGGUGCAGCCCUGCGCCUGGCGGUGGAAUUAGGCCUACAUCAAGAUCCACCACCGGGUGAGCUGGACUUUCUUACGCUGGAUACCAUGAGGAGAACCUUCUGGGUUGCGUAUGCGAUGGAUAGGAAUAUCUCCAUUUCCUUGGCCAUGCCAUCGUGCCUAUCAGAUGGUGCCAUCACAGCCAAGUUUCCAAGUCAGGUGAAUGAUGAGUUUAUCACGUCGGAGGGAAUUGUAGCAACUGAUGCAGAUUGCCUGGGUUCCAAGAGUGUCGGCCUUCAUGUCUUUCGAUAUCGCCAGAUUCAGUCCGAAAUGCGAACAGUCCUUGGCAGCAAAACAUGCACACGCGCAUUCAAAAUUGGUAUAGCAGCGCUCCACGCAGUGACCGGUGGACCAUUCAUGAACGAAGAAAUCUGGAGAACUUUGAACUCACAAUUCCAUCGGGCGUUGUUCUAUCUAUAUCAUCCAUCGCUCAACAUCCCAUCUCCUUCUGAAUCGGCAUUGGUGGCUCUCACGGAGGCGGCAACACGCAUGAUCCAGCUGUAUCGACGAUUUUUCGAUGAGCGCAGGCUCACGAUAUAUUGGCAAGCCGUGGAAAAUCUAUCCUCCGCGGGUACGGCUCUGAUGAACAGUUAUUUUAACUCACUUCGGGUGCAAGAGCGUAUCACAUUUCGCUCUCUUGAAUCACUCGUGCACACUUGCUCGUCUGUUCUGUGGGGAAUGGUGGAGCACUUUCCGGCGUUCAAAGGAAAACGUGACGCAUUUGGUAUCGUGGCUUCGAAGAUAUUGGCAGAUCUCGAUAACGGCUCUGCAGCUCCUAGAGAAGCGGGGAAAUUGUCCAUAGAGGACAAUGUGAGUACUGGAGAGCGCAGUCACCGUUCGAGGGAUACCGAAUAUGCUCCCUCCCCUGUACAACAAGAAGGGCAACAACUAGUGUCUGGGGCCAAACGGGCGGACCAGUCUUCUUUCACGGCUAUGUCUGCAGUAUUUGACGACCAAACGCAAAGCCAACAACCUCAACUACCACCACCGACGACAGGGUCCGAGAUUUCGACAUAUCUUUUGACUGGGAGGCUUUUGAAGACGCGAAUGGAUUUCUGA